AUGUCGCUUUGUGAAACUCCAACACAAUCCGUGUCGCCGUCACAUCGUUUCAAACCAUCUCUUGCUUGUAUCGCAGAAGAAGAGCCGCGGAUAGUUUCUGUCAGAAGAAUCAAUGUGCCUGGUGGAGCUACAAAAUCUUUUCAAGUGGAGAUUCCUGUGUACGACGUAAACAUUUACCAUCCAGAACCACCCAAGGAGAAAAUGUCAGACAGUUGCCAGAGGUUGCUGAUUCAAAUGGAGAAGUAUAUUAAGGAUCAAACAAAUUCUGCAAAAUACAAAGAAAUGGCUCAACACCUUCGUCACGAAAUCGCUCUGAAACAAGCCGAAUCCAGAAGACUUUCGAGACCAACUUUCACAAAUCGAGAUUGGUACUGGUACUCCGAAGAAACAAAAAAUUUCGUAGAUGAGCCGAUUCGUAAUAAUUAUAAACCGAUGAAGGAGUGGUGCGCAAAACAGGAGUCAGAAGAUGAGUCGACGAUGUCAUCCUCCUCUGAAAGCACAAUGGACGAAUUCGAUUUGAAUGCAGACUUCUGA